CCCACCACCACACCAUGGGAUACUCAAUACUCAUGCAGUGGACGCCGGCGGCGCAGCCGCGCGGGUCGAGCAUCUCGGAUUUACUCCUCAGUAGGGUGUUGGAGCAUUACAACAUCACCCACCCCCUCAGAAGCACGAUCCAGUUCAGAACCUUCCGCGCGUCCUUCCCAACACCAGACAAGAUCCCCGCCCUGGGCGAGAUGACGGUCCCGACGCCGAGCGCGGCGACACGCAUCCUCACGACGGUCACGUACUCGCAGAGCAUCCCGCCGGUACGGGACGUGCCCGUGCCGACGGGCGCGAGAGACGACGUGACGUAUCUGUUCUUGGAGGACCGGGACGCCGCGAGCGCGGCGAACGGGGCCAAGGCGCCCGAAGCCAAGAAGGACGACACCAAGGACGAGGCCAAGAAGGACUCGGGGCUCAACGACGACGGCUUCGAGAUCCUCGAGCCGAAGGCUUUGGACGGGGUGGGCUCCGAGUCGACCCCCAUGGACGUCGACGCUGCGCCAGCCACCGUGCCAGAGCCACCGAAGGAAGAGCCGAAGCCGCCGCGCCCAGUGAGCAAGUACAAGAUCCUCGCCGUCCGGCCCGCGACGCUCGUCAUGCCGACGCUGCACAACCUGCUCUCGCCAUUCGUGCUCGGCCUGAGCAAGUCGGCGCGCGCGGCGGCCAGCACGACGGCGCAAGCGGCCACCCCGACGCCGUUGACUGGCACGCCGCUUGUGCUGACCACGCUCGCGUUCCCGCCGACAGCGCACCCGCAGCCCGCGCUCAGCUUGUCCGUGCAUAUCCUGCCCAACGCCAGCGCGCAGACUAUCCUCCUCGAGGGCGAGUGGGAGGGCGCGCGCGCCGAAGAGGGCGGCGGGGCCGAGGCUGUCCUGCGCGAGUUCUUGCUCGGCUGCGUUCCUGAGGGCGUCGUCGGCGAGACCAAGUUCUUCACGUGGGCCAAGGACGGCGGGAGCGAGGACCCCACCGCCGGUGGUGCGGAGGGCUGGGUCGGCGUCGAGAAGAGCAGGAGGAUGACCAUGCUGUUGGCCCGCGCAUUGCGGGAAAGCUCGUUCAUCUAG